AUGUCCAUCAAAACCUACCGCGCCAAGAACAUGCGUGAUGCGCUCGACCUCAUCAGGGCCGACCUGGGGCCGGACGCGGCGGUGCUGCACACGCGGGAUGUCCGCCGUGGGCUGCUGGGGCGAUUCCUGCAGGGCAAGAUGAUCGAGGUCGCCGCGUCCGCCACGGUGCACGUGCCGAGCCGCUUUGCCGAGCCAUCCUUCACGGCCGAGCAGGCCGCGGACGCGCAUGAAGCCUGCCCAACGCCCGACGCGGCGUCACCCCCGCUGCACGACGCGGACUACCGGGCCCGCUACCGCGAGGCGGUGCGGCUGCAGUCGUCGCCCGAGCUCGACGAUCUAGGCGCCCGCGUCAAGCAGCUCUACUCAGACGCCGGCGCGCCGGAGAGCCGAGACAUGCCGGACGCGUGUUUCCGCGCGUUCACCGACAUGAUCGAGGCCGGCAUCGACGAGACCACCUGCCGGCAGCUGUUGGAGCAGGCCCGGCGCGGCAUCCCCGAGAGCCACGCCCACGACUACCAAGAGCUCCGCAAGAGCAUCGAGCAGCUGAUCGCGGGCGAGCUGUCGGCCACCGGCGGGAUCCAGCUGACCGAAGGCUCGCGCCGCGUCGUCGCGUUGGUCGGCCCGACGGGCGUGGGCAAGACAACCACUAUCGCCAAGCUGGCGGCCAACUUCCGCUUGCGAGAGCACCGCCGCGUGGGCCUCGUGACGGUCGACACCUACCGGGUCGCGGCGGUCGAGCAGCUGCGGACCUACGCCGACAUCAUCGACCUGCCGAUGGAGGUGGUCAGCACACCCCGCGAGAUGCGUGAGGCGAUCGCCCGCCUGGCGGACCUCGACCUGGUGCUGGUCGACACCGCCGGACGCAGCCCCCGCGACGAGGUCAAGAUCCAAGAGCUCAAGUCGAUGCUCGGCGAGGCCCAGCCCGACGAGGUCUGCCUGGUGCUGAGCAGCACGUCGGGCGAGCGGAACCUGUCGGUCACGACGGAAAAGUUUGCCCCCGCGGGCGUCACCUCGAUGAUCUACACCAAGCUCGACGAGGCGACCAGCCUGGGGCACCUGCUGCCCGUUACGCGGACGCACGGCCUGCCGGUCAGCUACCUGACCGAUGGCCAGAACGUCCCCGACGACAUCCAGGAUCAGGCCGUCGCGCUCCGCGAGCUGGUGCGCGCCGCCCGCAUCGCCGCCGGGCAACCCGUAGAGGGCCCAACGCCCGGAAGCGACGACAGCCGCGGGCGGUUGGUGGUGGUGGCCGGGUCGAAAGGCGGCGUGGGCGUGACCACCGCCACGCUGCUGCUGGCCCGCGCCAUGGCCGCGCGAGGCGAGCCGACGCUGGUGAUCGACGCCAACCUCCGCCAGGCCGACCUGGCCCACGUGGCGCAGGCCUCGAUCGACGGGCGCCACGACCUGGCCGACGUGCUGUCGGGCGUGUGCCGCACGGCCGACGCGCGGACCCAGCUCGAACCAAAUUUGUCUCUCGUUGCGGGCGCGUGGGCGCCCGCCGCCCAGCCCGACGCCAACGCCGAGGCGGUCCGCCGCUGGCUGCAAGACCUGGACGGCGUCACGGCCGCUGGCGAAAACGUUGUGCUGGACGUCGGGGUGGGCAUGAAGCCGUGGACCGAACCGCUGUGGCGUCGGGCCACGCAGGCGGUGCUGGUUUCAACGCCGGACAAGCUUGCGGUCUUGGACGCCUACGCGGUGACCAAGCUGGCCCGCGGCGAGGGGGUCGACACGGCGAUCGGCCUGCUGGUCAACCGCGUCGACGAUCUCGCGACCGCGCAGUCGGUGCACCGCCGUGUGGACGAGACCUGCCGGCGGUUUCUCGGCGCGCCGAUGCCGCUGGUCGGGUGGUCGCCGAACGACCCACGGCUGGCGGCGGACGCCCGCGCCGCCUCGCUCAGGCAGGCUCAGGUGUGGACGCAGAAGCUCCUCAGUCGCCCGGCCGCGGACCGCGCGGCGUAG